AUGACGUUGAAGAAGAUGAUGACGAUAACUUGGCAACCGGUUACCAGCGCCAACUCAAUUAUAUCCCUUGGUUGCUUUGAAAUUAAUAAAUUGAGUCGUGGGUUCGUUGUACCACCCGAGGACAUCGACCCUUCUCUUCUGACACGAGGUCGUUGCCUGAUAUCUUGUGCAAAAUAUGAUUACGACUUUGCUGCCGUUGAGGAUGGACGCUUCUGCCUAUGUUCCAACACCAACACAUAUAAUGGGGUAACUUCGGUAACAGCAGCCACGUACUGUAAUGUGCCGUGUACGGGGCUCGCUUCAGAAAAAUGCGGAGGAACAGGCUACUGCGAGGUGUUUGAGUCUCUGAAUGAAGCGAUCACGGUUAAAUUACCUACAGGGCUUACCUUUGUUGUCGGUACUGAAGGCAGCAUCACCAUUGAUGAUAACACGGGUUAUCAACCCGAAUUCACGUUUGACUUUGGGGAUGGCUCUGCCAUCACUGAGCCGACAACAUCGUUAACAGCAGACCAUACUUACGCCAUUCCUGGCGUCUAUACUGUUACAUGUAGAGCAGAAAACGGAAUUUUGGAUGGAAAUCUGAAUGUUUCAGAAGUGCAAGUUGAUAUGACGAUUAAUGCGGCUGGCAUAGAUUUGGAAUGCCCGACAUCUGAAGAUUUGGACAACGAAUUUGAAAUCACGCUAACGAUAUUUGAGGGUUCCAGUAUGAUUCUUGAUGUUAACAUGGAUGGUGAUGCUUUGCCCCAAUUUGAUAUUGGCAGUCCUGCAAUGUACAGCCUUGGUUUUGUUGCUGAGGGAACACGGACAGAUUUGGAAGAUGGUUCUGAUCUGAAUUUGGGUUCAACAGAACAGGUACUAGGCCCACGUCUCCUUGUGCAUUCGGGUUCAACAGUAUGGGUACUACCUGGCUUAGAAAUCCUUCAGCCUGGGUAUAUUUUGUCUGUUGAGGCUUACGUGACUACUCCCGGAACAGUGAAUUUACUGAUUUUGAAACCGAUUUGUGCAGGAGGGGGUGAUGUGUACUGUCCCUAUGACAACGAGUGUGUCACAGAAAGCAGUUGCAACUACGUAUUUGAUUACCCGUCAAAUCCAGAGUACACUGAAUAUUGUGACGCAAACGGGAUAUACUGUGCCUUAUCAGGCACAUGUGAAGAUCCCGACAAUUCGCCAGAGUGCACAGUUAAGAAUAACAGGUAUGACGAAGCAAGUCCAAGAAAUGACUACAAGGUGGUUGCUUCUAUACCUGUGACGUUCACCAAAACCAACGCCUACGAAUACGUGAAAAUACCAAUUGCUGGCAUCAAAGUGGGAGUUGUUGCGGAAAUUGGCUAUGUAAUCGGCUACGAAACUACUGCAGCAGGCAUCGGCUGGCAAAACGUCACAAAUAAUAACACUGAGUACCAAUACUCGGCGGUGUCUCGCGGCGUUGGAGAUACACUGGCUAAAUCGGACGCUACUGCCUUUGAGGUUCAGCAUUACAUCCGUGUGACCACAGUGAAAGAACUACAGACUCUCAUUACGUAUGCAUUUCCAACCUGCGGAGACCAUCCCGUCACAGUUAAUGUAACUAAUGAUUUGGGUUCUGAACAAAAAACUUGCACAGUUACCAUUCAACAAAGUAUAACAGGUUUAUUACUGACGAUGGAUAACCACACUGAACUUAGGUCUACUGAAGAAGCUACUCUGUUCGUUUGGCUACAACGGGGUACUCCGGCACUGCUGUCGAUCGAUUGGGGAGAUGGCGCAACGGAAGAAGUAGACAGAAUUUCAACUAGCCCUGAUGUGCCAGACGAUAUUACUCACUUGUUUACGGCAUCAGGAAAUCUAACAGUGACGGUAAACGCAAGUAAUCUACGGAACUGGGAAGUAUUUGAAUUGAAGAUCACAGUUUAUAACCCGGUAGAUUUAGAUGCAUAUGAAAUUAGUACAAAUAGUCCGCAACCCAAUGGACUAGGAAAAAAUGUUAAAGGCGUUAUUACGGUCGUUAUUUCAUACACUAACGGUUCUGUAAUGCCAGCAACUUUCGCUGAUGUAACAAUAACCGGCGGUUAUAAGAACGUUGAAGACAAGAUCUAUGACAUCAUAUCUGUUGGUGACUCCUGCUCAUUAAAAAUCGAAUUCGAGUACUCUGGUGCAUAUCUCCUCACUUUAAAGUUCGAGAAUCGCAUCAACAGUGAGAAAUAUAAAGUUCAGGUUGAGAUCCUAGAUAUUAUCUCUGGUUUUGAGGUUGUAUUGCAACAUAUACCGGUCGAAGAAAAACACAGACUGCCAAAAAAGGGGUAUUUUAAAGAUGGCUAUUGGUAUAUGCCAAUUGAAGUACCGGUUUUAUUCACAGCAUCGGUAGACAAAGGUAACGACAUUACAUAUACGUAUAAAGAUUUCGGUGAUGGAAGUGUUGCAGUAAGUACACAGGAAGAGGAACAUAGCCACGAGUAUAAAUCAAAUAUAAGCACUUUCCAAAUAUUUUGUCGUCGAAAAAAUGAAGCAUGGCCAUCUGGAGAAAUCAAUGAUGAAGUAUUAGCCAGCAAUGGUGAUGUUGCAUGUGUCGACCUUGAGGAAGAUAAAUUUGGCGGUUGCUUUUGUGGAGGACCUGGUAUGAUAUUUCCUGUGAAUAAAACGUACCUUCAAAAUACCAGUUAUACACUAAAUACAUCGCGCAUGACUGUUGAUACAUUUUAUGAGAUCAUAUUCCGGGGAAUAAAGGGACAGAAUGAAGGUUUACGAUACUUUGAGCUUAAGCUGAUAGGAGCACAACCACCGCAGCCUAUUAUAAGGUAA